AUGUCUCCCACCAACCAAUCGGCCUUCCAUACUGGCCUACAGUCAUACGAGUGCCUUGAUCCAACCUUACAAGAUUCGAGCUCCGACCUUGAGUCCUGCUCGGAUGAGUCCGAAGACGAAGACGAGCUUUCCAUGGUCGUACAGUCCCCUACCAAGCUGGCCUACAACAUCCAUCACCUUCCUGAAAAAGCACAGGAUGCUGUACGCGAUGUCUUCGGCGAGCCACCGGCAAUUGCGCUGCAACAGUGCCGGCUCAUCGAUAACACAUAUGCCUUUCAGAUGACUGAACUCGUCACCCAGUCAGUUCGCAUUCAUGCCACUGGCGAGGGGGCAUCUCGUAUCACCUGCUCGUGCGGACGCAACGACGACGACAGCGACGCUGCAGAGCCCUGCUCGCACCUAUUCUGGCUCAUGGAUCGGCUCACGCAGCAGAUGCUCUACGACUUUGACGCCAAAACACCGCUGACCAUGAUGGAGGCUGGCUUCGCCGAAGAGCUGGGCGAUCCAUUCACGGCCAUUGCGGAGCAUCAUCUUGAUGUCCUGUCCGCCGGUCUGCACUGUCAAGUCAUUGACCCGGAGUCCGUCUACGGGAAUGAAGAUGAAAUUGCCUCUCACCGGGUGCAAGAAACACGCGAGCUCCUGGCCGCCGUCUAUGGGAUGACUCCAGACGAAUUCCGGCCGGAUCUCGAUGGAAGACGACUGCUCGGAAAGAAGAAAGUGGUGAAGCGCAACGAUCUGGACUGCACCGUGCUCCGUAUGCUGCUCGACAACCCCCACUUCUUUGACUACUUCCAGUCGGCAGUAUCCCGUCCGCAAGAUGCCGUCAGCGAUACCUUCAGGAAGCUCACACAGAGAAUCGACCGCGUGCUGCGCAGAUUCGACGCGUAUGCCGCCGAUCCCGCCUCUGCCACGAGACGCUCAGCAGAGACACCCCCCGACGUCUCCUGGGCGGCAAAGCACAUGCUUGGGUGCAUCAAGCUCAUCAGAAGCUGCAUCUUCACCCGCAAUCGGCCUCUUCAGCCCAACGAGGAGGAUGCUGCCGCUCGUACUCUGGUGCAUAUUCUUUCCGCCGUUGCCGCCCGCAACCACGACGUUUCGCCCCUCCCUGCCACUUCUGAAUCUCCGCUUUCUCCUUCUCCUACUCAUCCUGCGGCGGCACCAAUGAGUCGUACUGAGCGAAACUUGUAUCUGCGCCUUAUAGGAGACGCAGACAGAGACGCAGACUUUGUCCUCGCGGAACUGGAUCUCAUCCCAGAGGCGGCGAGCCAGCACCUACACACCCUGGAGGCCAUCUUCGAGGACAUUGGGAUGCACGGCGCCCCGGUUGGGUAUUUCGACAAGUUCAAGGCGCUGCUCGGAAGGCUGAAGGGGACUAGGAGGAGGAGCAGCGGUGGAUUGAAGAGGCAGGGUGAUGCUGGGGAUGAGGGCGGUGCUUUUAGGGAGUCAAAGAGGAUGAAGUAG